AUGGAGCCUCCAGUAUUAUCAUUUUAUGGCACGCAGCCAGUACCUCUACCCUCACGAUUUGGCAGUCUUAAAAAGCGUCUCGUCGCAGGCCACGAGUCUGCACUAGAAGCAUCAUGGGGACGACUUCUAACCGCUCUGCGCGAAGAGAUUAAGUAUAUCGAAGAGCACGGCUCUGGUUUAAUCCCAUCAAUUGACUUUACCGAUAUGGAUGAUACCAGCAAAGUUGCGCCAUUCGGAGAGCAGCUGAAGCGACACGGUAUCGGCGUCAUAAAAGGCGUCGUUCCCUCUGCAGAUGCGAGCUCUUGGGUCGAGGAGACUAAAAAGUAUCUCGAGACGAAGCACGAGUAUAAACCUCCGCCAGCACAGGAUCCUACUUGUUUCGACUUCUUCUGGACUCCUGCGCAGGUACGCUCGCGCGCGCAUCCUAAUGUUUUGCAGGCACAGCGGUUCGCCAUGUCGUUAUGGAACGCGAAUAACGACGACCGGGUCGCGACGAGGUUCCCCAUCACGUAUGCGGACCGAAUCCGAAUAGAGUCGGUCUCAAACGGCCACCUUACUGUAAACGGUGCUCUCGCUGCGACGCAUGAGGAUACCUUGAUCGCCGCUGCGGCUGCGACAUCGUCUGCACAGAUCGCGCAGAUCGACAACGGUAGUCUGGAGCGUUGGGAGCAGGACGGCUACGGACGUGGCGGUCUUUAUGAUGCAGUCUUCAAAGGCGACUGGGAAUCCUACGAUGCGUGGGACCCGGCGGGACGUAUCAACGCGACGUCUGAUUUAUACAACGGUGCAGGCGCGUGUUCUAUGCUGCGUCUAUUCCAAGGCAUUCUCGCAUUGACAGUAGUCGAGCCAGGAAUGAUUCGAUUGCUGCCUUCGCCAAAGCUAUCAACAGCCUAUUUUCUUCUCCGACCCUUCUUUUCACCAAAGAAGGGACCGCCUCAACAAGGCGCCAGCGAAGAAGAAUGGAAUGCGUACCUGGAUGCAUCGAACUGGGUCCUCGACAAGGACCAGUCGACAAUAAUACACGGUGCAGUCCCGGGUCAUGCGCAGCGUGUGACAGCACCGUGGCACCCGCAUUUGCAACUAGACAAGAGUCUCGUAACGCCGCCUACACUACAGGCUGGCGACUACAUAAUUUGGCAUCCGGACCAGGCAUACCAAUUCUCUAACACCAACUACCGUACCAGCAGCCGGCCGCAGACCUCCUCCAGCGAGCCUGGAGCUAACGAUACAACAACCUCUAUGCUAGUCUACACGCCCGCAGCACCCCUAACUCAAACCAACGCCCUAUUCCUCGCGCGCCAGCGUAAGGCUUUCCUGCGCGGUCACCCAGGUCCAGACUUCGACUCUACCGGCACGGGUCUCGGCAGCGAGGCGCCGCACACGGGCCGUCUCAGCGAGAAAGACAUCCGGGAAGUAGGCGGCGAGGAGGGAUUGCAAGCCAUGGGCCUCGCGCCGUGGAACCUAGCCAGCAGCAGUAGCAACAACAGCACCAAAGGCAGUGGUGGUGGUAGUAGUAGUAAUAAUAACAGCAACCACAAGCAUGCAGCGCCGAAGGAGAAGAGAAAUGUAGACGUAGAAAUGGACGUCGACGGGCCGAGCAGGAGCAGCAGCCGCGACAGCAGAAGCAGCAGCACAAGCAGCAGCACGCACGCCGAAGCCGAAGUCGUGCGUCUGGCCAACAUCAUCCUGUUCCCCGACCGCUACGACUUCUACAUGCCGACGCGGGCCAGCAGUCCCUCGCCAGCAGGCCGGGACCGAGACCGGGACCGGGGCGAGAAGGAGAGAGAGCGCGAGCGCGAGCGAGAUAGGGGUAAUAGGGAGCGGGAAAACUCUGACCGGGAUAAAGAUAGAGACAAGGGGAAAGAUAAAGAGAAGUAA